AUGGGCUUCCUCGCCAUAAUAUUAUUGGUGCCUGCGCCUCCCGGAACUCGAGAUGCUCUAGAAGUGGUCCAGGAACCUGCUGCUCUGGAUGCCAGGACCACGCAGGUUAUUCAAUUAAUGCAUCGGAACCUGGAUGUGGUAAACCUUGAUCUUCCCGCCUUCGAGGGUAUGGUUCAAGGUCUAGCCCGUACUCCGCCAGAUGAUGCUACCCUGAGGCAGUUGCAGGCCACUGCUGACCGCCUUCAGGACCUUGAAAGAAGACUGGAAGCAUACAUUGGACCUCUGACAGGAAGCAUUAAGGAAAAGAAGGCCACGCUUGAUGAGCUGAUGCAACUGACGCCUUCUGGAAGUCGCGAGGCUCCAGCAGUGGUCCAGGAACCCCCUGCCCUGGAUGCCCGGACCACGCAGCUCAUGCAGGCCAUUCGUCAGAACCUGGAUCUGGUAGCCCUUGAUCUUCCCGCCUUUGAAGUUAUGGUUCAGGGUUUAGCCUGCACCCCACCAGAUGAUGUUACGCUGAGGCAGUUGCAUGUAAGUAUCAGCUUGAACAUUUCCUAA